CCCAUAACCACAACCAAAGACUAAGGACCACGCUGUUUAUCUUUCUGUUCUUCUCCGUCCUCGCUCCCAUCGCUAGCAGCGAGCCCAGAGGCCUCGUUGGCGCGCGCGCGAAGAAUAGCUAACACCAAUAAUGCCUCUUCAAUCCAGGGGCAGCAAUGUCCAUUCUCUUUGGCAAUAUGGCCUCUUGUUCUCCGUCUAUCUUCAGACAUCCGCGGCGGGGGGCAGCGAUUCUCCGUCCACCAGCAGAAACGGCUACAGUUUUGGACAAGCCAUCCCAGUGACCUGUCUGAAUCGGACAAUUGACUCCGGAGAACAUAUAACCGACAACCAAGGAAACCUGCAAUACAUCCCCUUCCCGAUCUGCAAUGAGACCUCACUCCCACUCGCCCUGCACUAUGGCGUCUCCGAGACCGUCAACUGCACCAUCGCCGCUCUCCCGGAUGAGCUCUACCACCUCCUCGAAUACUAUGUCCACUCGGACGUCCCCAUGACCUGCCGCGUGCCCACCGCCCCAUUGGCCCAGCAUCUCCUCAGUAUGCCCAGCUCCGAGGGGGACAGCGAGGCGCCCGCGGCCGAGCCACUCAACGAGAUCGAUACCGACGGGCCCUCCUACACGCCCCUCACCUUCGCGCUCCAGGGCACCCUCCAGCGGAGCCACCUGCAUAUCUGGACGGAUAUGAACCUCCUGGCCCACAAUAUCGCGGCGGGAGGGGUGGCAGCCCAGAAGAAGCAGAAAAAGAAGGCAGCGGCAGCAGCGGGCUACGUUGUCGCGGGCACCGCGUACUCGGUCCCGGAGUUCGAUGUGAUCGUCCAGAAGCAGAUGCGGAAGAAGCAUACCAGCGACGAGGAGCAGGCGGCGCAGGCGGCCGUGGCGGAGGCGGCCAAGGAUCCCUGGACCGCUGGUCACGGGACGAAGGUCAUCCGCGGGGAGCCGUUGACUUUCUCGUUUCACGUCACUUGGGUUGAGGGAGGCAGGGGCAUUGGGUGGCCUUCCUCCGGGCGGGCGUCAUUGGCUGGCCAGGGGACGCGAGGGGAUGAUGGCGCGGGUGCGGGCUUCUUCUCGCGGCUGGUGUUCUUUGUGAUGGCUGCUGGGGUUGGAGCUAUCGUUGCGCUGUACUGGGAGAGGAAUGGGGGCUCGCUGGGGAUGAGGCGACGGAGGGGUGAGGGGAUUCUCGGGGUGAGCUCGUCGUCGUCGCGGGGGAAGCUGGGCGGGGGGUCUGUGGGGAUUACGUACGGAAAUGGGGGUAAGAUGAACGGAUAUGGUGGUUAUUCCUCGGCUGGUGUCGGCAAUGGAGCUGCUGGAGCUGGCUAUGGGUAUGGAGGGUAUAACGGUAGUGGGAAGAGGGAUUAA